AUGGCAUACCGUUUUGCCCUUCUUUUCCUCUCAAUCCUUCUUGCGACGCCAUUUUGGUCCGCCGUGGCGGGUGGCGACGCCGGUGAAGUGGACGAUAUUAUGAUCCGUCAAGUCGUUGAUCAAGGAAAUGCUAACGAUGAUAACUCGUUGACCGACGAUCAUCAUUUUGAGAUCUUCAAGAAGAGGUUCACAAAGACGUAUGCUACCAAGGAUGAGCACGAUUACCGGCUCACCGUGUUCAAGGCUAACAUGCGCCACGCCAGGCGCCACCAGAAGCUCGACCCCUCCGCCAUCCACGGCGUAACUCAGUUCUCAGAUCUCACUCCCAAAGAGUUUCGCCGACAACACCUCGGCGUCAACCGACGCCUCCGCCUCCCCGUUGACGCUAACAAGGCGCCGAUCCUUCCGACCAAUGACCUUCCCACUGACUUCGAUUGGAGAGACCACGGUGCAGUCACGCCAGUCAAGAAUCAGGGUUCCUGUGGGUCAUGCUGGUCGUUUAGCACCACUGGAGCACUGGAAGGUGCGAACUUUUUGUCUACGGGAAAACUUGCGAGCCUCAGCGAGCAACAGCUUGUGGAUUGUGAUCAUGAGUGUGAUCCAGAAGAAAAAGAUUCAUGCGACUCUGGCUGUAGUGGGGGACUGAUGAACAGUGCUUUUGAGUACGCUCUUAAAGCCGGUGGACUCAUGAAGGAAGAAGACUAUCCUUACACGGGCACUGACCGUGCAGCUUGCAAAUUUGACAAAUCCAAGAUUGCUGCAAAGGUUGCUAACUUUAGUGUCGUGUCCCUUGACGAAGAUCAAAUUGCUGCAAAUCUCGUUAAGAAUGGCCCUCUUGCAGUGGGUAUCAAUGCCGCCUUCAUGCAGACAUACAUAGGAGGGGUGUCCUGUCCAUACAUAUGCUUUAAGCGGGUGUUGGAUCAUGGAGUGUUGUUGGUCGGGUACGGUGCAGCUGGCUAUGCUCCGAUUCGUCUGAAAGAGAAGCCAUAUUGGAUUAUCAAGAAUUCUUGGGGAGAAAAGUGGGGAGAGAAGGGAUACUACAAAAUCUGUCGUGGCCAUAAUGUUUGUGGGGUGGACUCUAUGGUUUCCACUGCUGCAGCUGUUAGUACCUAA